AUGAAGCCCCAGUCUUGUGAGGGGGCAGAUGGGCUGACUGCCGAUAGCUCUGACGAAGAACUCAUCCGAGUGACCGCUCUAGUGACUGACCAUCUCUGUGAAGGAACGAGGAAUGAAUUGGUCGCCUCACUGGAGAGUGGUAUGGAAGCCCAGGAGACCAUCAAGACCGACCUUGACGCUCGACUGAGCCAACAGGAAGCUAAGCAAAGCGAGAUGGAGUUCACUAUCUCUGCUCUGGUGAAGUCCAUGCAGGCCUCCUAUGAGGCGCUGGGAGCUCUUAUGGUGUAUCAGAAUCGAAAGGAGGGUACUGGGGGGCAGUCAGUAUCGCCUAUAGAGGAGCUGCUCCGGUCGAACAAGGAAACCCUAGGGCGGUUAGUCGAUCGCUACGACGAUCAGGUAGUGGUGAAGCAGGGACGGGCCUCCAAUGCACAUCGAAAGGCUCGGCCCGUAUCUGCUGCUGUUACCCGUAGAAGGUCGCCUCUUAUUGACGUCCUCCCGAUGGCUCACGAAAGCCGACACUGCCUUGAUGAAUUCAUCGAUGUUCUCAAGCGUAGUUUCAGUACUCCUGAGGAAGCCUAUCAGUACUUCUCUGACGGUGCCAUUGGGUUCAGCAGGGAGAUGUUCGCUCUCCGAUUGAAGACGUUGGACGAUGCCGG